AGCAAUACAGCGUCUAUUCUGUCGGAAACGCAGAAGAAGAAUAACAACAACCGUUUUUGGCUUACAAAUAGGGCACAUCGUUCGUGUUGUGUUGUUGUGUAGACUUUUAUAUUAACUAUGUCGAUUUAGCUCACAUUUGCAGCAACGUAACGUAUUAGCUACUGUCGUUCGGACGUUUUUAUCCCAGUACACUACCAUGCAGCUGUUAAACUAGCUUGAGUCGUGGAGUACAGAAGCGAGUUUCUCAAAACAAAGCACUUGUUUUUAAACGUUGACGGUAUUGUUAUUUAAGUCUUCUGCUCGUGUGUCAUCCGUGCCCAAUGGGGUUCAAUAAGACAUACAUCAGUAUCGGGUAUGCCUCUUUGGGCAUGCUUAUGGGAUUCUCUGCGUUUCUCGUGUGGAACAUCGCGUACAAACAAUCAUGGACAGCUGCAAUGGGAGGAUUAUCAGGUGUGCUGGCUUUCUGGGCCCUCAUCACCCACAUCAUGUACUUGCAGGACUACUGGCGCACCUGGCUGAAGGGCCUCAAGUUCUUCCUUUUCAUGGGUGUCUUCUUUGCCCUUCUGGCAGUGGUGGCCUUCAUCACCUUCCUCUCCCUCGCCAUCACCAACAAAGAGUCACUGACUGACCCGAGGAGCCUGUUCCUGUCGGGCGUGUGGAGUUUAAUGACCCUGAAGUGGUCCAUCCUGCUGGCCCUCUACUCUCACCGCUACCGCAAAGAGUUUGCUGACAUCAGCAUCCUCAGUGACUUUUGAUAAGGGCCAUUGAACCCCUCCAUAGUGAGGGAAUGAGUACCAUGAUCUCCACCUAUGCCCGCGGCUCCUCGUUUAGGUUACCCCCUCUUUUCCUAUGUCUGUGAAAUCAAAUCAACAUUAAUUUGUCACGUGCACAGGAUACAACCGGUGUAAACAGUACAGUGAAAUGCUUACCUGCAAGCUCUUCUUUAACAAUGUAGUAUUCAAUAUCAAAGGGAAAGAAUUAGAACAUCCACAAUAGUCUUAAAAAGCUCACAGAAACAGGGAAUGCUCAGCGCCUGCUAGCCAGUCUAUCCACAAGUUCAUCCCUAUUUUAUACUGUUUAUCUCUUGUCUGUGUUCCUGUUGUUUUAGUCAUGCCAAUAUCUCUCUUUUUAUGAGAUAUUAGGGGUUCUUAUUUGAUGAAUUUGUAUCUAACCCUUGAUGAUCAUGUACAUCUACCUUUGAUGUUUUUUUACUAUAUAUAUAUUUCCUUCUCUGAUUUAUUUGUGGUUAUGAUACAGAAUUGACUUCCAUUCUCUUGCCACAAGGGGGCGUCACUCCAUCAAAUGCAUUGGCUGUUGGAAAAUGUUUGUUUUUAGAUGGAAACCUAUCUCAAAAUUAAUCUCAGUGUAGUAUAACUGUACUCUACCUGCACAAAUCAUAGGACAUCAAUUCUAGACAACAAUAGGACACAUCACAGGCAUGUUUGGGAAAUCCAAGUAGUUGGAUUUUAGUAUGACUCUGUUCUGUGUUAUCCGUUUUUGCACUUUGUGCUUGGGAUCAUAAACACUUACUGUCACCUGCAGUGAUGUGACGAAUCCACAACAUUUAGUUUGUUGGGUCUCAACACUAUUUGGAAACACUUUACUUAAUGCUCACAGGUAUAAAUCAUUUUGUAAGCAGCUAUAAUGCUUUGUAAGACUUGUUUGACCCCACUUUAUAAAGUCAUAGCGUUAUACCUGCCAGUGUUCGCCACUAUCACAGCAUCCCACCAUAAAAUGGGAUGCUGUGAUGCUGUCAUAAAAUGAUUAUAUGAAGAAAGAUUGUACUACCAUAAUGUAAGAACAACUGUUUUUAUAACAGUUGCAAAUCAAUUUGAAAUGUCUCUUUUUAGUACUCAUCAUAUUUGAAUGGAGAUAUUUCGUAGCAUUUUUAUUAUUGCCAUGAUGGGAAGUUGUCAACAAAGUGAGCGAGAACCGAACCAACGAUGUGAGAGGGGACCAUUGGGGCUUAAUAAUAUGAGCCUUUGACCAAUUUUAUUCCGGUAAACUCUUUGAUUCCCAACACAAGGACCCAAGUCCGAAAAGGUACCCUACUCCCUAGAUAGUGCACUACAGACGGACCAAGGACUAAUUGUGUGAAUGCUUCAGUAAUCCUAAACAUUUGUUCGUUGCUUCUCCGAUCCAAAAUAUUGGUGAUCAUCAUCACUGCUGCCUGUGGAGAUGAAUUUGAUCCUGUUCUGCCUUUUUCCUUUUUAAAAGUCUGUUUCUAUGUGAGCUACCACAUCUAGCAUAUUGUCAUAAUGAAACAUGAAAUGAUGUAUAUCCACUUGCGUGUGUGUGUAGGAAUGUAUGUCUGUUGUACAGGUAUGUAUGUGAGAGCCAUAUUAAUAAAAUAUCAUUGUAGGA